GAUAAGCCUUACAUUUUCGACCUCACUUGAGCCCUUUGCCCUUUCCAAUUUCCCCCAAUUUCAACUUCUCUCCACUCUCUCUCUGCUAAUUCUAGUUUUGAAUGGAUUCCCUUUUCAAUUUAUGACCUAAUUUCAUCUGGGCAUCAUUCAAAUUUCGUAAUCCCAUCCUGCAUUUUUCUUAAUAAUGGCGGCUAUUGCUUCAAUUUCUUUCCACGGAGUCACUCAAUCAUCAUCCGAAAGAAAAAUCUGUCUCCCAUCUCCAUCUCCAUCUCGCUCCUCUCUUUCAAAUUUCGAUUCGAUUAGGGUUCGUACAACCUUCUCAUUUCGUUCCAUAAGCGUUCGUCCUUCGAAAUCGAGUUCUCGCUUUGCAGUUCACUGCAUGUCUACAGGAUCAGAAGCACCACCAGUUUCCGAGACAAAAUUAAAAUUCCUCAAAGCUUACAAACGCCCAAUUCCAAGCAUCUACAACAGUGUGCUACAAGAACUAAUUGUACAACAACAUCUAAUGCGAUACAAAAAGACCUAUAGAUAUGAUCCAGUAUUCGCUUUAGGCUUUGUUACUGUUUACGAUCAACUCAUGGAAGGAUACCCAAGUGACGAAGAUCGGGAGGCCAUCUUCCAAUCCUACAUCAAUGCCCUAAACGAAGACCCACAACAAUACAGGGCUGAUGCAGAGAGAUUGGAAACGUGGGCCCGUGCCCAAAACUCCAGUUCAUUGGUUGAUUUUUCAUCAAAAUCAGGAGAAAUUGAGGACUUGUUGAAGGAUAUUGCAGAAAGAGCAGGGGGUAAUGGAAGUUUCAGCUACAGUCGAUUCUUUGCUGUUGGUUUAUUUCGCCUUCUUGAAUUAGCAAAUGCAACAGACCCCACUGUUUUAGAAAAGCUUUGUGCAGCACUUAAUAUCAACAAAAGAAGUGUUGAUAGGGAUCUUGAUGUAUACCGUAAUCUCCUCUCAAAGCUUGUUCAAGCGAAAGAGCUUCUAAAAGAAUAUGUUGCGAGGGAGAAGAAGAAGCAAGCAGAAAGAGCGGAACCUCAAAAGGCUAAUGAAGCGGUUAAAAGUUUCUUAGCAGAAAAUUACGACACCAGAAAGUAGCGCAUAUAAUAAUCGAGCUAUAAUAUUUCCCUUUUUGAUCCUUGUUAUACCGUUAUUUGAUGUUUCUUGUUAUAUUGUGAGAGAUGAUAUAAGCAAUCAUUAUACAAAUUCUAACAAAAAAAUAUGCAAUGUGUAUGUUGAUUUGUAUAACUACUUUUGAGAAUUCGUGCAAUGAUUGUUCACCUUCUUAUUCA